GAAGUUCACGGCAGAGAAAUUGGUGAAGGAGCUGGCGUCUAUGAAAUCCGAUCUCCACUUGGCGCUUCAUCCAUGAGCUUAAGAGGUGUGUGUGGUGUUGUUGCUAGCCUAGGAUUGUGCUUCUUCAGAGUCGAGCACUCUAAGCUGAAAAGAUCAAUGGAUCAAAUACUUGCUUUAAAGGAGAAACUGCAGAAUGCUAAGCUCAUGGGGAUGCAAAAGGAGGAUGAAAAGCUUCGGAGAGGGAUGGAGUCCAAAUUUCCUUCGACUAACACUCUGUGUAAUCAACUUACUGAGACUCUGCAGCACUUGGCUUCUCAGAUUCAACAAGCGGAGAAGGAUAAGGAGCGUUUUGAGUUCAAGUUCUCUACUAGUGCGCAAGCAAUUAACUCUUUGAAGCAGCAAAUGAAAGAUCUAUCUGUAAAACUGAGUGCUUCUGAAGAAAACAUCAAAAGCCGAGAGAAGGAACUAGAAGAGCUACAACUCGAGAAAGGACAGAAAGAAAACUCUUACCAAAAUGAACAGUGUAGAACUGCCAGUUUCUCAAACGAAAAAGAUGCUAUGAUAAAUAAUUCUGACGCAGCUAUAGCCGAAGCAAAACUCAACAUUGAGAAUUUGAACUUCCAAAUUGAGAAGGUGAGGCUUGAGUUAACAUCAAAAGAAGAUGAAGGCAAAUACCUUGUUGGCGUCAAGGAGAAGCUUGAACAAGAGAAUAUGAAUAUUCAGCUGAGUGCUGAUAAUCUUUCUGAGUACAUUGAAGCCAUGAUCAGGCAUUGCAGGGACAUUAUCAAGGACGACAAGGUUACUGAAACCAUAGCCAGAGACGACGAUGAUGUGCACAUCUAUUCUUCUGGAGAAGGAGACACCUCCGGGGAUGAUGAUUACGAUGAUGAUGAUGAAGAAGAGAGGGAUGUAAACAGCAAGAAAGGAAUAGACGACCAGUGUGAAGAGCGUGCAUGGAAACGAAGUGCUCAUCUCAGAUCAGUUUCAUCAAGCUCUGUUGGGGCAAAAGAAGAUGCAACCGAUACUGAUCCAGAAGGAUACAGAGGUUUUGUCCCAUGCCCCGAACGUUCUGAUAUACUAGAGAUACUUGCCGCCCGUCCCGACAAUUUAGCUAACUAUACUGCCCUGCCGUCUACCCUGCCGUCCCGAAUUUCUCUUUACUAUGCAGAGAUGUGUCUCAGUGAGGAGAGAUUUGAGCUCCUAAAGAAAUCAGAACCCCAAGGUCAAAUAGGGGUUUCUGAUACUAGUGGCCGACUGUAUUUGUUCUGGACGCCAAGGCCUCUAGAUCGAAAGCAUGUAUUCAAGAAAAGACAAGUGGAGAGGCGGGAAGUGGUUGCCGGCUACAUUCGAGAUCAGUUAUUUCAUGCUCUGUGUUGGGCCUAUUCCUUAUGCGACAUGGUAAGUGCUUCUUUGGUGCUUCACGGUUGGGAGAAGGAAUUUAUACCGCUGUGUCCGAGAUACUUGUGCGAGAAGGUUCGUCCGGACCUGUAUGGAAAAGAUUUAAAAAGAGGUGCAGAUUUAAGUAGUUCCGCAGCCCAUAGUUGCUAUGGUCUGUCUUUGGAAGACGGGUUGGCGUAUGUGCAGGAUGCUGGCAUACCCAAAGAGAAGAAUCCUACCUUUAACUGCAAUUUCAAACGGGCAUCUGAUCCCGAGGAAGAUUUGUACCGCAUCACCGAUGUCUUUAAAUAUGAAACAAUGGAACAAGCCUUGGUGCGCCUUAAGAGUCAUCCUGUUGCUGCAAAACUGACGUUAUUCGAGGGAUGGAGCAGUGACAGAAUAUAUCGAGGCCCUAGUAAGAAAGGCGCUGGAUACAUUGGUGAACACGAGGUGUUGAUGCUCGACUGUGUCCUAAUGGAUGGUGAAAUGGUUGUACGUUGCAAAAGUAGCAAUGGUGAGCGUAUUGGAGUUUUGGGAUACAUAUUUGUUUCCCUUGAAGUGAUGUUUCUCCUUGCCGGUAAAGAUGACUCCAGAUUCUGCUUCAAAGAACCUCAAUACCUCAUCAAUGGUUUCUUCUCCAUAGGCAUGGAUACAGGUCCGCUGGGAUUACAGUUCAGAGAGAAGCCCAACCGCAAAAAGAGAAACCUCAAGAAGUUUAAGGUUGUACUUGAACAGAUAACAACUGAUAGUGAGUCAUCGGAACUAGGGAUGAUGAGAACAGAACAUGGAAGUAUGAUUGCUGAAGCAAUGAGCAGAGUUGGAAGGAAGGAGACUUCGACCAUUGUGGGUGAUGGGACCACACAGGAAGCAGUGCAAAAGCAUCUUACACAGAUUAAGAAUCUUAUUGAGCAAGCGGAGCAAGAUUACGAGAAGGAAAAACUGAGUGAGAGAAUAGCAACGCUUUCUGGUGGAGUUGCUGUGAUUCAGGUCGGAGCACAAACGGAGACAGAACUCAAAGAUAAGAAUCUUAUUGAGCAAGUGGAGCAAGAUUAUGAGAAGGAAAAAUUGAAUGCGCGAAUUGCAAAGCUUUCUGGUCGAGUUGCUGUGAUUCAGGUCGGAGCACAAACGGAGCCAGAGCUCAAAGAGAAAAAACUGAGAGUUGAAUAUGCUCUUAAUGCUAAAAAGGCUGCUGUUGAGGACGGUAUUGUCGUUGGUGGUGGUUGUACUCUGCUUUGCCUUGCUUCCAAGGUUGAUACCAUUAAAGCCGCCCUUGACGAUGAUGAAGAAAAGGUCGGAACAGACAUCGUGAAAAGAGCACUUAGUUACCCUCUAAACCCGGUUGCUAAGAAUGCUGGAGUCAGUGGAAGCAUAGUUAGCGAGAAGGUGCUUUCCAACGAGAACGUUAAGUUCGGUUACAAUGCUGCAACUGGCAAGUACGAAGAUUUGAUGGCUGCAGGAAUCAUCGAUCCAACAAAGGUUGUGAGAUGUUGCUUGGAACACGCAGCUUCGGUGGCAAAGACAUUCUUGAUGUCAGACUGUGUUGUUGUUGAGAUCAAGGAACCUGAGCCAGUUCCCACAGGCAACCCAAUGGACAACUCAGGAAAUGGAUACUGAUGAGAUAGGAGGAUAAUGCAACUCUGCCGGAAACUGAUUUCUUUUUAGCUUGCAGUAGAUGAGUGCGCAAGUGUAAUGAUUUUGAACAAGGGAAUGUACUCUGUGAACUGAAAUUUUGAAAACUGCAGCCCUUCACGAA